CGCCAUCCGUCAUGACCUACCUAAUGAUUUAUGUCCUGUCUUGCUUGCUUAUCCACGCAUCUGCUAUACCACUCAAGCCGCGCGACGUCGCAGACCCGCCAAUAACUAGCCCGGACGCCAACACAGUGUGGACGGCCGGGGAGAAUGUAACAGUAACAUGGAAUACCUCAUCGAUACCCUCGUCCGUCACGAACAGCCAAGGCAAGGUCGUCCUGGGCUACUUGACAUCGGACAGCGAGAACCUGAACAUUAACAGCCCGCUGGCGUCGGAAUUCCCUAUCACCGCAGGCCAGGUCUCGUUCGUAGUCCCCUCAGUCCCAACGGGGAACAACUACAUCGUUGCCCUGUUCGGAGACUCGGGCAACAUCAGCCCAGAGUUCACCAUCAUCGGCACAUCUUCUUCUUCAUCGCCAUCUGCCGCAUCCUCUGCUGCGUCCUCCUCCGGCCUCCUUGCGCUCCCGUCAAACUCCAGCUCCGUCUCAACUCCGACCGACACCGAGUCCGAUUCGGUCACUGUGGUGGUUACGACAGAGAUCGUGACGUCUGUGGCAGUAGUGACCGUACCCGGCUCAACUCACUACAUUUCCUCGACUGGGGCCGGGGACCCGCCGUCGUCAUCUGCGCCCGCGCAACCCACAUCAACGUCGGAGCCUGUCCAGUCGACCGCUACGGUGAUUAGCGCCAGCGAUGCCACGUCGACAGCCGACCCUCCUAGCUCGACAGAUACGCCGCAAACCGGAUCGGGAUCGAAUUCCGAUCCAGCGUCCUCGUCGACCGUGACCACUACCACUGCCGCCGCAACCUCGAGUACGAGCACUAGUGAUGCGUGGUCCUGGAGAGAAUCGGCAGGAAAACAACCGGUGUCAGCUGCGCUCGUCGUGGCGGCCAUCUUUAUGCUCUAGAUUGAGGCGGAAUCAUUAUUAAAGAGCUCGAGGGGUAGGACUGCAUUGAAGUCGAGGUUGAGUGAGUGAGGGGGGAUGACGCCACGAGACGCCAGCGGUGGGAGUGGCGGCCCGGCGGCUGCGCACGUUUUCUCUUCUUGGACUCGGGUCUUCCGCUGGCGAUACCCAUCGCGAUCUGCCGC